GUACAAAAGUAUAGGUCAUCAAAUCGCUCUCCCUAGUAGUGUCACCGCUAUACACAGCCCUGAUGAGAGAACAGGUUCGUGACAGGGAAUUAAAUAAACUGAUCUAAAACUUGACAAGAAAAAUAGUUAUAAUAUUUAACUUCAACUGAAUCUACUUUGGUAUUUAUUUGUUAAAGGCUUUAAUGGAUUUAGCAAGAAAACCAUUGUGUCGGAGCCUGAGUAACGAGAAACGGAGCUUAACGUUAAUUAUGUAGAUGUAUAAAAGACUAAUAAAAGUUAUGAUCUCAGAAGACCCGCGCAUCAGUCACGUGACCUGUUCCAGAGGAUUGUAAUAUGUCAACAACGAGGAGCAAGCUGUUUCAGCGAGUAAACACAAACAAGGAUGCGGGUUCAGAUGCUAUUUGUGGCAGAACAUAAUGCUCCAAUGGAAGCUUCAGUUCAGCAUCUUAACGACUACAGUGGCCUUAUCAUCUUGGUCAUGAAAAUACUAGCCUUGUAUGCAGGAAGCCCUGACUGGACUAUCGCCAUGACAGCGCACAAAAGUUGUGAUGCAGGGGACUCCAUUGUAGCGCCGUAUCAUUUAUUAGGGUCAGGGGAUGCAACAGCAGUCCUUAAUUACAGUUCAUGGAGGUCAGAGAAGAUGGUUAUAUCUGACAUGAUACACUGGCGACAUUGUUGAAAGUUUCAAGAGCUGAAAGUAUUUUGACCUGCAUCCGAGUGUGACAACGAGGCGAUCUCAGCAUCAUGAAGAGAGCUGGAGUGAGAGGAAGUGAGAUGCUGGCUGAGGCUGAAGUCAAUCGCGGGCUCACAUCACGUGACUCAGGGAUGGACUCAGUAUUUGAAGAUAAACAAUCUUUUAUUUUGUUGACUGUUGUGCUGUUUUCUCCGGCAGAAUCAUGUCAUUUCUCGUCACCUUCAACAUUCUGUUGCCUGUCACUAUUCUCUAAUACUUCACACACUGAGGAUCCCUGGUGUGACGUCACUGAAGACAACUGUCAACAAUGUCUGGUCAUCAGCCCUCUGCUUCACAACAGAAAAAGAUCCCUAAGGGAAGAGGAGGAAAAAAACAUUCUAGUGGUCGUGGCCGGGUGGAAGUUUACCUCCACUCCGUGACUGACCAACAGGCUGAAUUACUUACUGACGCAGCGAACACACGUCCUCUUGAAGAGUUGAAGAAGAAGUCAUCUGCUGACAUAGAGUUUGAUCCCAACCCCUCACCUGUACCAGGUGUGAAGGUUCUCAACAUCCGCGGUGCUACUUCUCAGAUCAAAGCAGCAGUUAGUCUCAUCAACCAGAAGACUGGCUCAAAGGACCCAUUACCAGACCAGGCCCAGACAUUCUGGCUACAGUGGGUGGAGGCCGCGUUCCCUGAUCUCGACUCUCGCGCCUACUUCCUGCCUCCUGUCUACGUCAACCGCGUGCCCAUGACUAGACAGGCAGCUGCUGGUCAGGAGGUUCUCGUGCUAGAGACAGGUCAGCCAGGUCAGUCAGGACAAACUGGUCAUACAGGUAUGAUUCCAUCAGCUGCUGCUUCCAUUCCUCAGCCACCUCGCGUUCAGGACAGUGACCUCAGAGACGAUGCGGCCAUGCAAAGGUUGCUCUUGUGUCUCCAGAAACUGUGUGAAGACAACAAAGAAGUCAUGGUUGGACUCACUCAGCUUCAGUUCGGCGAGUACCUGGGGGAACCUUGUUACGCUGCUGCAGCUGCACAGCUCCCCCUAGCGGCCAACCUCCCUUCUGUUCUUCCACGAAACUGGAAACAGGGCGACUUUGAUGUGCUUCUCAUUCACCGACAUUUCGGUUUGGUCAUCUGUGAGGUAAAGGCCUUUGGUGACAAUAUAAAGGCAUUAAAUAUGACGAAAGACGAUAAAGACAAAAAUAUUAGAAAGAAACUGAAAGAAGCCAUGGCACAGCUGGACAAGGCGGAGGCCAUGCUGUCCCACCUGGUGUCGGACGUCGCUAAGAAUCUGCCAAUCACAAAGACGAUCGCUUUUCCGAACCUCACAGCUGACGAAGUUCAACAGGCUCUCUCCUGCGACACUCAGCUAACUCAGGACCUGUGUCAAUGUCUGGGAACAACAGACCCCGCAGACAUCGCUGGUCUGUGUCUGUGCUCUGAUCAGUUGUCUGACCCCAAGACCCCAUAUAACGUCAGUAGUCACGUGUUGAGGGAACUGGGACACUGGUGGCACCGACGUGUGGCUGGGGCUGGACCUGCUAGUCAUACAGUGUCCUUUGACAUUUACAAAAAGUUAAUAGCCAGGUUCUGCUGUCCGGCGACAACAGUGACUGUGCCAUGUACAUGUCCUCCACGUGUGAGUGUCAAGACCCUGGGUCAGGCCGUGUGGUGGACAGGAGAGUGCUAUACUGCUGUAAUCACACUCUUCCCGGAGCAAGUUCACCUGCUGAACACGGCGCCGCCUAGACUCUUUGUCUCCGGACCGCCCGGUACAGGUAAAACUGUGGUGCUGCUGAUGAUGGGUAGAAAAUGGCUGCUUGAUGGCCACGACGUCCACAUUGUGAGUACCUGGUGGGGGAGUCUUGCAGCGUGCAUGAUGCUGUAUCACCUGUUGCUGCAGACAGUAAAGACACAACAGUCAGCAGGUGUAUCACCUGGUCAGCCUCACCUCCUGCAGUAUCAUUCUUAUAAUGUCGGAAACGACGUCCCUAAGGCCGUCAACGACUUGUUACAGGCGGCAAAUGGAGGGUCGUUGUACGUCAUCGCUGAUGAAGUGAAGGGGGACUUCUUCAAGACUUUGUGUGACAAGCUGCUGCUUGAAGUUCCUCAACUCCAUCUUUGGGCGGCGAGCUGUUACCAUGGACACACAUCCGCCGGCUGGCAAUUAGAAUAUUUAACCAGACCUCUCCGCUCUCCGCCGGCCGUCGUCAGGGAAGUCGAGCAGGACGAGUGGAUCACUGAACACCGUGCUGUCCUAACCUACAGUGAGCGAGGUGUGCCCGACCACACAGACGGCCCGCCAGUCAGACGAGUGUAUCACCGAGGCCAGGGUCACUCAGAUGGCAGGCCAGAUAACUGUGUGACGUGCGGUCGUGAGGUGGCCAGCUUCCUACACAGUCUCCGUGUUGGUGUUACAGAGAAUGUCACAACAACAGCCACGAUCGCCACUUCCACCAGUGGCGGAAUAACACCACCUACCUGCCUGCAGUGGAGAGACGUGCUGGUGUUGGACUGGUUUGGCGUUAAGGACGACUCGGCUAUGGUGACUGCGAUUAAAGAAGCGGAUAUUCCAGUGCAGGUGAUGAGUGGUGAUGACUCUGAGGACGUGGCCACGGCUCGCAGUAAUGUUGUGUGGGUGGCGGGUGGAGAGUUUGUUUAUGGUCUGGAAAGAAAAGUUGUCGUCUGUCUGGAAGGUGAUUAUAAUGUCCGACUUCACUGCAUGUCCCGGUGUACGUCACAACUGAUGAUUGUCUCCCGUUCAUGACUCACUGCUAGUCAUCUGACGUCAUCACUUCAUGACGUAAUUAUAUUGCCUCACAACACGAGGUCCGCGUCUCUGUUUACACAACAGCUAGUGUCAACACCAACAUCAUGCACACUGGAUCUUGUUUAAUCAACCUCAGGGUUAGGUUAGAGGCUGGAUCGAGUUGAUGAUGUCACACUGUGUAACCGUCUGAAAUAAAAUGUAUUCAUGA